AUGGCGCCCGUUGGUGGGCUGCUCUGGCGGUCGCUGCGCCCCUACCAGAUCUGGGGCGCUAACACAGAUGUCGGCAAAACUGUCUUCUCUUCCAUCUUGUGCUCCGCCGCCCGCUCAAGCAUACGCGGCAACCGAUGGGUAGACACCGAAAUCUACUAUCUUAAGCCUGUGUCUACCGGUCCUCUUGAUGACGCUGAUGAUAAGUGCGGCGUCCAUUCUCCUGGCCCCUCCGGAACCUCUCAGGCCGACCUCUAUCGCCCAUUAAGACUUCCGGCCAUCCUCAUUGGCGACUCAAAACUUGGUGGAAUCUCCGCAACUAUCAGUGCAUUUGAAUCUCUCCGCAUCCGGGGCUACGAUGUCGAAUCCGUCUUCCUGUUCAAGGAUGAGACGUACCAGAACCACGAGUACCUCACCACUUAUUUCCAGAAGUUCGACAUUCCUUGCGCCGCUAUCCCGCCUCCACCUGAACGCGACCCGGAUCCGAAAAAGGAUAAAAGAAUGCUUAUGCACUAUUACAGCGCGAUGGCCCGGUCCAACCUUAUUCAGGACGUCCUCAAGCUUCUGAGCCGGCGUCACGAAGAGCGUUUCAAAAGCCUGGAGACUAUGUCAACGGAAGCCCACAAAACCAUCUGGUACCCUUUCACGCAGCAAAAGCUCUUAUCUUCGGACAAGAUCACGGCUAUUGAUUCGGCAUAUGGCGACUACUUUCAGACUUUCUCUGCCAAUCCCCCCAACAAGCCCCUUGCUGAUGCACAGGCUAAUGAACCUCCUGCUAACGAAGAGGACUUGGAGAUUAUGACCAAGAGUAUGGGCGAGCUAGGCAAGUUUGAACGGAGGCGAAAAUAUAGCCUUGUCAGGGAGGAAAAGAGAAAGGCCGCUUGGCCCUUCCCUCAACCGUCGAACCUUCGUCCUUCCUUCGAUGGCUCUGCUUCUUGGUGGACACAAGGCCUUGGUCAUGCAAACCCACAGCUCACCCUCGCCGCCGCGUACGCCGCCGGCCGCUAUGGGCACGUUAUGUUCGCCGAAGCCGUGCACAAACCAGCUCUUCAGCUCGCCCAGAUGCUCCUCAAGGGAUCUAACAACCCCCGUCUCUCUCGCGUCUUCUACUCUGACAAUGGCUCCACCGGAACUGAAGUUUCCGUCAAGAUGGCCCUCCGUGCAGCCCGGUUACGGUAUGGCUGGAGUGCCAAUGAUGACUUGAAUAUUCUCGGGUUGCGGGGCAGCUAUCACGGCGACACGAUGGGCGCAAUGGACUGCUCCGAGCCAGGCACGUACAACGAGAAGAUCGAAUGGUACCGCGGCAAAGGAUACUGGUUUGACUUCCCUACCGUCAAAAUGACCAAUGGAAAGUGGACAGUCCAGGUCCCAGAAGAAAUCGGUGCGAAGCCGGCCACCUUCGAGAAUUUGGAAGAGAUCUUCGACUUCAAGAAUCGGGAUAACAGCACACUCAGCAAGAAGUACCAAGAGUUCAUCAGCCGCACUCUUACGGACCUGCAGAAGCAGGGCCGCAAGUUUGGCGCGCUGAUGCUCGAACCCAUGGUUCUCGGUGCGGGUGGUAUGCAACUCGCGGAUCCGCUCUUCCAGCGCACGCUCAUCGAAGUCGUGCGUCGCUCGCCGCACCUCUUCGCCACUGACUCCACCAAGCCUGAGAACACCGAAAUUCCUAAGGACGAGAACAACUGGUCCGGCCUUCCUGUUGUUUUCGACGAGGUAUUCACCGGGCUGUACCGCCUCGGCCACUUCACCGCCGCGUCCCUGCUGGGUGUUCAUCCGGACAUCAGCGUCAACGCCAAGCUGCUGACCGGCGGCCUCGUGCCCUUGGCGACGACGAUGGCGAGCGAGCACAUCUUCAAGUCCUUUGAGAGCGACGACAAGAGCGAGGCGCUUCUGCAUGGCCAUAGCUACACCGCACACGCCGUCGGCUGCCAAGUCGGGGUGGCGAGCGUGAGCGAGAUGCAGAAGAUGGAGAAGGAGGGCGCGUGGGAUACGUUCAAAGAAAGUUGGGAGAUGGCUGUCGCCAAGGAAGACUAUAAGGUUGAGGUUACUGCGUGGAGCGUGUGGCACCAGCAGUUUGUUGAGGAGUUGUCGAGAAGGGUCAACAGGAUUGAGGGCAUUUGGGCACUGGGAAGCGUGCUGGCUAUUCACUUCAAGGACGAUUCUGGCUCUGGAUACAAGUCCAACGCUUCACGUGCUCUGCAGGCCGAGCUCUUGGAGGGCGCGGGCCUUCGAUCAUUCGGGCCCGAAAUUCGGGGGCAACGAGCCCAUGAGGCUGUAGAUGUGUCGAACGUGCAUUCGCGCGUCUUGGGCAAUGUGCUGUAUCUCAUGGCGUCGCAAACGUCGACCCCGGAGACGAUCAGGGGUAUAGAGUCGUGGUUGUUAGAGGCGGACGCCCUGCGGUGA